UAUAUAUAUACAGUUGGGAAGGCGGUUUCAACUUUCAAGUUCCAACUCCGCUUCACAAUUCACAUCACAAUUCCAUCAUACAAAGCAAUCGCUCUCUAUAACCCUAGAUCUUGUUAUGAUCAUUGACUGAUGAGGUUAUUAUCAUUGGAAAAAGGAGACAAUGGAACCGAGGCCAUCUGUGGACCCGUUUGAGGUGGCAUUUAAGGAUGUAGAAGAAUUGCCACCUGAUUCCCCUACUGCUGAUUCUUUGGACAUUGAAAGUCAUAUCCAGACUCCCGCUAAUGUGUUAACACCGCCAGCCGUGAUAGCGUCUGCUGGGACUAAUGCAUCCACUGGCAACAAUGAAGAUGAGGAUGAGGAUGAAGAGGAUGAUAAUGUGGAUGUCAACAUCAGAAAUAUUUCGUAUAAGAGUGACCCUGACAAAGCUGCCAGGACACAGGCUAUCCUCUCACGGUUCACAGAGGAACAGAUGGAGAGGUAUGAGUUCUUUCGGAGGUCUCGAUUUAAAAAAUCCGACAUGAGAAAGUUGUUACUGAGCAUCACUGGAAUGCGGGCAGUUUCCGAGCCAAUGAUAGUUGCAGUGUCAGCGACAGCAAAAAUGUUUGUUGGUGAUAUUGUUGAGACUGCUAGAGUGGUUAUGACUGACUGGAAGGAUUCUGGGCCUAUUCGGCCUUGCCACAUUAGGGAAGCAUAUAGAAGACUAAAGCUUGAAGGCAAAGUACCAAGGAGAUCAGUGCCAAGGCUCUUCUAGUGGAUGGGAUCAGGUUGCAGUCUCACGGUUGGAUACACAUCAAUAUAUAAAGCAAAGGCCAGGAUUUUUUGUUUUUGUUUUUUGAUAAGUACAAAGGCCAGGAUUUUUAGCCUUUGUGCUUGGGAACACCUCCUUUUCCAGUACAUACUACAUACCAGUGUAGAAAGUUAAAAAUACAGCUGAAGUCUAAUAUAGUGUGACGAGCAAUGACUGACAAUUAAGAUUUCUGUCACUAGACUCACUACUCACUAUUAAACAAAAAAUUGCAAGUCUCAAAUGUUGCCCUUUUAUUGUCAGUUUGUCACAAAUAUAUCCAGGCUCAUCAUGAACAGUUUUGUACACUUCCCUUUCAUACAUUGAAAGCAGUUGGUGUGAUUAUGUCAUACAAGCUGACUCCAUGAUGCAUUCCUCAA